AUGUUCGAAUUCUUUUGGAGAUUAUUUGAUAGUAAGCAAUUAGAAUAUUUUGAAGGUAAAUUUAUCAAUCCCCGACAACCAAAAAUAGAACAAGUAGUAAGAACUCAUCUUACUUUAGCCGCUAAUCAAAUUAGCAAAUCAAUCGGCACAAAGUUAAGAGAACUCGCAGAAACAGCCGAAGAAAUUAAGAACCAAGCCCGAGAAGAUAGAAACAAUUGCACUGAAACCAUCGAAAAUGGCCUAGAACAAAUAAGACUGAUAGCUGCUGAUGCUUACGGCAAAAACUCCAAAAGACAAAAAGAAAGAUUGGCCUUAAAAGGUAAAUCAAUUGAGCAAGCUCAGAAAGAUAACGAAAAAGCUCAGAAAGAGAUUGAUGAAAUGAAAAAGAAUUAUGAAGAAAAUGAAAACAAGAUUAGAGAUUUAGAAAAAAAAGCCCAAGAAGCCAAAGCAAAAGGAUAUGAAGAUGAAAUAUUUACUCUUAGAAACAAUGGCAAAAACAUUUCUGAAACGAUAAAAACAUUAACCAAGAGAAUAAAAGACAAUAAUUCAGUCAUUUCUGGAACUCUCUCUAACUUAAACGAUAGUCAUUGA